CUGCUGAAAAAUGUGGCAGUAAUAGCAUUGUAUAUUGAAGGAAAAAUAUCUGCAUACAUAGCUUUCGAAAAGUUCAGUAAUUAAAAAUAGAAAAUUUUCUCAGAUGAAAAAAUUUUUGCAAAGGGAUCUCGCCACUUGUUCCACGUUUCGUUCACGGACACCAGACCCUUUCCUUUUUAAAAUCGAGAAGUAGAGUAUCGGAGACGAGACUCGAUGAUAGUACAACAUUGACCACAAAACGCUUUUAUUCCUAGUGUCCAUUUUUUUGGCAGAAUGUCACCCAUAAGUAUUAGCGAUAUCCCUAUUUAUCUCUGUUAGAAACGCUUUGAACUGGCAUAGCCGUGUUGCCAACUGAAGGACUUGGAAAAGUGAAACAGCCGAACAUGGCGGUCGCAACGAAUUCUUUCGAUACUUGGCUCAGCAAAAAAUUACAAGCUCUAAAUACUGAUGAAGGUGUAUUUGGAUCAUACAUCAAAGGAAUUUUAGAAGGUGAUGAGACGGAGGAUGAGAAGACCGAAGCCCUUGAAGUCAUACUCGCGGGCAUAACGGACGAUAACAUUAGCAAACUUGUGACUGAAAUUUUAAAAGCUUGGGCUGAGUAUCUACCUGUUGAAGAAGUUAGUGCUCCAAAAGUACCAGUAGAAGAUGUGGAUGUCAGAUUAGCAAGAAUGUUGGAAUCUCAGUCUCUUCCAACUACGACACAAAGAAGUUACACAGAAGAGGAGAGGAGAAUAAGAGAAGCUAUUCUUGCACAGUACAGUCAAAUGUCAGAAGAAGAGAACAGCGAAGGAGAUGGAGAAGAGGAUGGUGCAAGUGGUGGAGACUGCGGAAUCGAAAAGAAUACAAAUACAGCUGCUAUAAUUCAACAGGAGAGAGAAAAGAGGGAAAAAGCUAAGUUGGAGAGUCAGAGGAAAAAAGAGAAAGAUAAAGAAGAUCGAGAGAAACAGAAACAGUUAAGAGAAGAGAAGAAGGAGAAACGAAAAACACAAAAAGGAGAACGGAGAAGGUAGCAUUGGGACAAGAGGAUAUUAACUUAUACUUCCAAAUAUGAAAUAAUCAAAUGCAAAUCGGCGUACAUAAAUAUCUAUGUUUAUUCUUGUGCAUGCAAUGUUCUUCAACAAUUACUUAAAUUAUUUAGUAAUUCUUCGCUAGAAAUUUGUGUGUGUAGAAUGCAUAUCCUAAAUGAACACGAUACGAGACAAGCAUCAAAAUAUACGCGUUUUGCAAAAAAUGUUAAUUCUAUGUAAUAAUGUUAACUAUAUCAUAUGUAUAUGUAUGUAAAACAUUGCAUCCUGUGCCUUCUGUCUGUUGAAAAUUUCUGUAAAAUGACGUAAUCUUCUUUAAAAUGAUUUUGUACUCAUUCUUUUUUAUUUUCUUUUGUAAAAUUCGAACUGAUCGUAUUCUCUAUCAUCUGUAUUUAUAUCGCUUUAAGUCAAUUUGAAACAUCGACGUAGAACUGCAUUAUAAUCAAUGUAAAACAGUGAUAAUCCGAAUACAGAUAAAUGAUUUGUACUUAUUAUGCUUAGUAGUGUAUAUAUAUAUGUUCCUUUUUCUCAUUAUAUAAAUUAUGUAUUUAAGACUAGUGCAUUAAAUAAACCAUUUAAACAUUCAUUCAAACUA